GACCACGUCUCGACGCUUUUACCCGUUUUCGAAAAAUUCAUGGAUAAGUCCUCAAAGUCCGCCCACUUAGACGCAGUUAAGCAUGCCGUAGUGAUCCUAAUGGGUUCCUUGGCCAAGCACUUGGAGAAGGACGAUCCGAGGAUCAAGCCGAUUGUAAAGAGACUGAUUGCGGCACUUUCCACCCCGUCGCAAUCGGUUCAAGAGGCGGUCGCAAAUUGUUUACCGCCCUUGGUGCCCUCGGUGAAGGAUGACGCUCCCGGUUUGGUUGGUAAACUUCUCUAUCAACUUUUGAAGAGCGACAAGUAUGGAGAUCGGAAGGGUGCCGCUUACGGUCUUGCAGGUUUAGUUAAAGGUAUGGGUAUUCUGGCGCUCAAGCAGUUGGAUAUCAUGACGAAGCUGACCGAAGCGAUACAAGAUAAGAAGAAUUAUAAACAUCGGGAAGGGGCGGUAUUCGCAUUUGAAAUGCUUUGCCAAAUGCUGGGGAGAUUAUUUGAGCCUUACAUUGUGCACGUCCUCCCCUAUUUAUUACUGUGUUUUGGUGACUCAAGCCAGUAUGUUCGUAACGCUACCGACGACUGUGCCCGAGUCAUUAUGAGCAAACUCUCGGCGCAUGGUGUUAAAUUAGUACUACCAUCACUCUUGGCAGCCCUAGACGAAGGAUCUUGGAGAACAAAAACUGGUUCCGUUGAGUUACUGGGCGCGAUGGCCUACUGCGCUCCCAAGCAGCUAUCUUCGUGUCUUCCUAGCAUUGUACCGAAGUUGAUCGAGGUUCUGAGCGAUUCCCACAUGAAGGUGCAAGAGGCGGGCGCGGAGGCCCUGCGAGUCAUCGGGUCCGUCAUACGGAAUCCGGAAAUUCAGGCGAUCGUGCCCGUACUACUGCAAGCGUUGCAGGAUCCGUCGAAUAAGACUUCAGUUUGUCUACAGACGCUCUUAGAUACGCAGUUCGUUCAUUUCAUCGACGCCCCAUCUUUGGCGCUGAUAAUGCCCGUCGUUCAAAGGGCGUUCAUCGAUCGUUCGACUGAGACUCGUAAGAUGGCGGCGCAAAUUAUUGGGAAUAUGUACUCGCUAACGGAUCAAAAGGAUCUCUUCCCCUAUUUACCAACCAUUAUUCCUGGACUGAAAACUUCACUUUUGGAUCCAGUUCCAGAGGUGCGUAGCGUAAGUGCGAGAGCACUGGGCGCGAUGGUCAGAGGAAUGGGAGAGUCCAGCUUCGAGGAGCUACUGCCAUGGCUCAUGCAGACGUUGACGUCCGAAAGCAGCUCGGUCGAUAGAUCCGGCGCCGCCCAAGGCCUGUCGGAAGUUGUCGGCGGUCUCGGCGUGGAAAAAUUGCACAAACUUAUGCCCGAAAUUAUCGCGACGGCUGAACGGACCGACAUAGCUCCGCACGUCAAGGACGGCUACAUCAUGAUGUUCAUUUACAUGCCAGUCGUGUUCCAAGCCGACUUCACUCCGUACAUCGGCCAGAUCAUAAAUCCCAUACUGAAGGCGUUGGCGGACGAGAACGAGUACGUGCGAGAUACCGCUUUGAAAGCGGGACAGCGGAUCGUUAAUUUGUACGCUGACUCCGCGAUAUUGUUAUUGCUGCCGGAGCUUGAGCGGGGUUUAUUUGACGAUAACUGGCGGAUACGCUACAGUUCAGUUCAGCUGUUGGGCGAUCUAUUAUACCGAAUUUCUGGUGUUACCGGUAAAAUGAGUACUGAAACUGCUAGUGAGGACGAUAAUUUCGGUACCGAACAGUCCCAUCAAGCCAUCUUGUGUUCGUUGGGCGCCGAACGACGGAACAGAGUUUUGGCUGGUCUGUACAUGGGUCGAUCCGAUGUCGCGCUGAUGGUGAGACAAUCCGCAUUACACGUUUGGAAGGUCGUCGUAACGAAUACGCCGAAAACUUUACGUGAAAUUUUGCCUACCUUAUUCGGAUUGUUGCUCGGUUGUUUGGCGAGUGAGAGUUACGAUAAAAGACAGGUUGCCGCGCGUACUUUGGGAGAUCUCGUACGGAAGUUGGGCGAACGAGUGCUGCCUGAGAUCAUACCAAUUUUGGAGAGAGGUUUGCAGUCUGACCAAUCUGAUCAGCGGCAGGGUGUCUGUAUUGGUCUGUCCGAAAUAAUGGCUUCGACUUCGCGCGAAAUGGUCUUAACUUUCGUCAAUUCAUUGGUGCCUACAGUGCGAAAGGCGUUGUGUGAUCCGCUACCCGAGGUUCGCCAGGCAGCUGCCAAGACCUUUGACAGCUUACACACUACUGUAGGUGCCAGGGCGCUCGAUGAUAUUUUGCCCGCUAUGUUAAGCAAACUGAAUGACAGCGACCCGGAGGUGGUCGAGUGGACGUUGGACGGUCUACGACAAGUUAUGGCGAUCAAAUCACGCGUCGUUUUGCCUUACUUAGUGCCGCAGUUAACCACGCCUCCAGCUAACACUAAAGCACUUUCUAUUCUAGCUUCGGUAGCCGGCGAGGCCUUGAACAAAUACUUGCCUAGGAUAUUACCGGCCCUUCAAACGUCGUUGGCGAGCUCUAAGGGCACACCAAACGAAGCACAGCAAUUGGAAUAUUGUCAGGCUGUUGUGCUGUCCGUAACGGACGAGGCGGGCAUACGAACGAUAGUCGACUCGCUACUGGAGAAUACUCGUACCGAUAAUCUCGAUCAAAGGCGAGCGGCCGCCACUUUAUUAUGCGCGUUUUGCGCUCAUUCACGCGCUCAUUACAUAAACCACGUUCCCCAGCUGUACCGCGGUCUAAUACACCUCUGCAUCGAUAGUGACCGGGACGUACUGCAAAUGUCAUGGGAAGCUCUUAAUGCUGUUACAAAGACCUUAGACCCGAAACAGCAAGCACAAUACGUAUCCGACGUCCGCCAGGCCGUGCGUUUCGCCAUGUCGGAUAUGAAAGGCACCUCCGAUCUACUGCCAGGCUUUUGCUUACCCAAAGGCAUCGCCCCCGUCCUUCCCAUAUUCCGAGAGGCGAUCCUAAACGGCGACGGCGACGAGAAAGAAGCGGCGGCCCAAGGUCUGGGCGAAGUAAUAAAAAUUACCAGCGCCCAGGCGUUACAGCCGAGCGUCGUCACGAUUACCGGACCGCUCAUCAGAAUACUCGGCGAUCGAUUUAGCGCCAACGUUAAAUCGUCAGUACUGGAAACGCUCGCAAUUCUCCUGGCGAAGGUCGGUGUGAUGCUGAAACAAUUUCUACCGCAACUGCAGACGACCUUCGUCAAAGCACUGAACGAUCCGAAUCGCACCGUGAGAUUGAAAUCGGCCACCGCACUGAGCUACCUGAUUUUAAUACAUCAAAGGGCGGAUCCUCUCUUUACAGAACUGCACAAUACGAUAAAGAGCACCGACGACUCUUCAAUUAGGGAAACAACGCUACACGCGCUUCGCGGUAUCAUCACUCCGGCCGGCAAUAAAAUGUCAGAACCAAUCGAAAAACAAAUUUUCCCCACGCUAGUCGGCUUGUUGAGCCACCAGGAAGACGUUACCAGAAAUGCGGCGGCAGGAUGUCUGGGCGCUCUCUGUAAAUGGUUGCCUCCUUCACAAUUAGAUAACGUACUUAGCGAACACAUUCUCAAUGACGAAGCGCAUCUCGAUUGGUUACUUCGGCAAGGACGUGCAGCCACCUUAUCGGUGGCCUUGAAGGAAUCCGCCAAUCUAUUGUGGGAUGAGCAAUACAGAGUGCGCUUAAUACGCACCUUACUUAGUCAAUUAUCAGCCGAUCGUGUUCCUAUCACACAAACCGCAGUGCGGUCCUGCGGGUAUCUGUUACAGUAUCUCAUGCUCAACGACGAGCAGCUCCCAAUUAAUUUGCUUGUACCCUUCGUUAAGACGAUGAACAACAGCAGUAAUGACGUGAAGCAGUUACUAGCGAAAGUUUCAAUACAUUUAGCGCGUGCCGUUCCUUCAGAGAAAAUGGCGACGGACUUGUUGAAGUUAUUAUUACCCGCGUUAGUCAAUGGGACAAAGGAGAAGAACAGUUACGUGAAGGCAAAUUCGGAAAUCGCCCUCAUUGCCGUUUUGCAACUAAAGGAGGGCGAUAGCGUGCAUCAGAAGUGCUUGAAAAUUCUCGAUGUUGGCGCGCGGGAGUCACUGUCGGACGUUGUAAGUAAAGUUUUGAGAAAAAUUAUGAAUCAACCAGAAGGAAAAGAAGAGGAUUUAGAUGACACGUUAUUAACUUGAUCAUCUCAGUGUAAAAGUCCUACUUCGAUGUAUUGUCGUAUAUACUACUAUUUAAAUAAAGUUUUUUGUUCUUUUAUAAAUUACGUUACUUUUGUUUUUUUAAAUAAAAACAAUCGACAUUC